AUGAGUUCACUCCCCGAAGACAUCGGCGUCAGGGAUUACCUGGCAGCCCGCUUCUUCCCCGGCCUCGCUCCAGCAGACGAGGCCACAGCCACGGAGAGCCGCCGCUCGCCGUCCGGGAGCCCAGAGCCACAGCUCCCCGCCUACGACGACGACAGGCCGCCUCCCAAGUACAGGACCAUGGAGGAGCUGGCCCUGGAGGACGAGGAGGAGGAGCGCAGGACGAUUGCGCAGCAGAAGCGAGUGCUGCUCGUUCGUCUUCUGUCGUUUUUGUUUUGCGUCUCGAUCGUCGUGCUGGUUGUCGCCGUGGCGAUCGUGCAGGCGAAUCGGACGAGGAAGAGGAAGGAGAUGGAGUUGGAGUACCAGCAGGAGGUCAACGAGACCAGCUCGGGGCUCAGGGGUCCGGCAGUUGAUGAAGGCCUGGUCGUCUCCUUGACGGCGAUAGUGUUUGCGCGUGCGUCGACUGGAAACGCAACAGCAGUUCCAUUUACUGCUUAG